CCUGAUUUUCCUGUUUCCACGGAGACCACAACUGGGGCUUUUGACAAUGAACAACCCCGAGGUGGUGUUUACGUUGUUUUACGUCGUUUUGUGCUUCUGCUUCGUCUUAACCCCGACUGAGUUCCGUUCGGCGGGGUUGACGGUGCAGGACCUGCUGUCCGAUCAGCUGGGCAGCGAGCAGCUUGCCUUCGUCCACUACCACAUCCGCCGGACGGCCGCCACUCUCGCCGUGCACUCACUGCUGCCGCUAGGUUAUUUUGCAGGAAUGUGUUUUGCAACUUCUGAUGAAAAGUACUACUAUGUUCUUGUGAGCAAGGGAUGGAUUAUUUACUUGGCGAUAGCUGUGCUAAUUCCUGUCAUUGUUAGUCUCAUCGUUUGGUAUUGGUCCUUAAAUAAUUGGGGCAACCAUCCGAUAGCCCGAAGCCUUGCACACUAUGCCCUUCCUCAGUCCAGUUGGAGAGCUGUGGCAUCUUCUGUGAAUACAGAGUUCCGACGGAUUGAUAAAUUUGCCUCCGGUGCACCAGGAGCCCGAGUUGUUGUCACUGAUACCUGGGUGAUAAAGGUGACUACGUAUCGUGUUUAUAUAGCACAGCAACAGGACAUUCACCUCACCCUGACUGAAUCAAGGCAGCAUGAACUGUGUCCUGACUUAAAUACACCUGUGCAAUUCCUCACAAUCCGAGUGGGCAUCAUCAAUCCACACAUCACACCAUUUGACAUUAGGUUAAAUUCAACAGAAUAUGGUGAACUUCGUGAGAAGCUCCAUACUACAAUCCGGAAUGCCCAUAAUGUGGUCAUCCAUCAGUCUCUGAGUGACAUGUUUUUGGACACAUUCAAGAUUCAAGUAGAAUUAAAUCAACCUUAUCAUCUUUCUGGGAAUCAGGAACUGGAACCAUGCAUUGGCUGCAUGCAGACAGCUGCUAAUAUCAAACUUGUCAAAGUCUGUAUGGACCCAAAUGAGGGUGAAUGUCAACAGUGCUACUGUCGUCCUAUGUGGUGUCUGACCUGCAUGGGGAAAUGGUUUGCCAGCCGCCAAGACCAGCAGCAUCCAGAAACGUGGCUUUCAAAUCGGGUGCCUUGCCCUACUUGUCGAUCAAAGUUCUGCAUUCUUGAUAUCUCUGUUGUUAGCUAAAAAUUACUCGUGAGCCUAGUUGUCUGUUUACACGCAAAAUUUCAUUUCUGGCCUUGUGCAUUCUGGUACUGUAAUAACAACCAAUUUUCUUGUUAGAUGGUUUGAAUGCCUCUGAAACUUUCAUUAUUCACUUGUUUAAAAUUUUGACCCAAGGAUUUGUGAGUUGCUGCCUCAAAAUCCAACAAACUCUGGAGGAGUUUCUGUAACAAAAUUCCUGAGGUAUUAAUUCUCUUUUUUACUCCAUUACAGAGUGGCGCAGUGCUGCAGCAGUUAGUGCUGAUGCCUCAUUGCCUUGGAGAUGCAUGCUCAGAUUUGGCUUCGGCUGCCAUCUGUAUGAACUUUCACAUUCUCCCUGUCAUUCCAUGAAGUUGUUCCAGGUUCACCAGUUUUCUUAUAUAUCCCAAAGAAGUGGCUACUGUAAAUUGCCAUCUUAAAGAAUUAAGGGAAUAGUUUUUAGAUCUGAAAGAGAAUCUGUUGCAGGGGUACUGGGAAGUAAGGUGAGUGGAUUGAGGUUGAUAGAAUCGUUCUGGGUGGUGGUAUAGAUUUGAUGGGCCAAGUGGCUUUCUUCUCUGAUGUAAUUAGCAGGUUAAAUUUACUACACCUAAACUGAAACCUUGUGUCUGCAUCUGGUGGGAAGGUUAAAAUCUAAUGGCUUUGUCACAGAAGAAGUCAGAUCAAGAAUUCACUAUAAUGGGGGGGGGGGUGGUCACAGCUAGUAGAAUUACUGCCCCACAGUGCUGGGUUCAAUCCUGGCCCAAGAUGCUGUCUGUGUGGAGUUCGCACACUCACCCUGUGACUACAUGAGUUUCCUCCCACGUUCCCAAAGGUCUGUGCAGGUUGGUAAGUUAAUUGGCCAUUGUAAAAUACCUCUUGUGUUCAAGUGAAUGAGAAAUCUGGGAGGAGAUGAUUAGAAGAUGCAGAGAAUAAAAUUUUAAUUAAAGAGGGAUUGGCGUAAAUGGAUGGACAAUGGUCACUAAAGUUUGGCUUGUUGGGCUGAGUGUCUGUUUCUGUGUUGUGUGACUGGAUGACAAUAAUUGAAGUUUUAGAAGUUAUUUUAAAUUACUUGAACUGUUUCUGAACUUCAUACUUGUACAUUUUAUAUAAUUCUAAACUGCCUUUUAGCUUUAUACUUCAGAGGCAAUUAUUACAUAUUUUUAUAUCUGCAGUUGUCCACAUUAUCACUACAAAUUACACGAUUACUGCAGAAAAAAACACAAUUAUGGGUGGUAAAUACCUAUGAGAGAAUUGAGAUGUAUUUUUUUAAACACAGUUCUCCUUUAUUGACGAUUGCUGAAUCCUGUUACUAUUGUGGUGAUGGGAUUUUCUGAUUUCCUACAGGAAAAUGUUAUUAGUCAUUGUAUUUUCUGGGACAGGGUGUUCUUCAACUGCACUUUGCUAGUUCCCUGAAUAACAGAGAUAUUAGGAAGCCUGGAUUUAUUACCUAAUGGAGAUUUUGGUAAUGGACCUUAUUGAAGUACAGUAGUCUGUAUGAUGAUGAUGCUUCCACAAUUCCUCCAGUAGAGGGAGGAAAAUGGUGCAACACUCUCUAGCUUGUUUAACAAUAAAUGCAAAGAAUAGUGUGCUGUAAUUUCAUUUUAAAUCCUUGUAGAUAAACAGAUGACACAUUAUCUUCAUUCACAUGAAACGAUGAUUUAACACAAUUCUUACACCCUGAAAUCAUCAGUAAAGCCAACUAUAAUCCUUUCCAUUUGGUAGUAACAAAAAUGUGCAUUUUGAUUAAACUAAGCAGCAUUUGAAAAUUGUCAUGCUGAUGGGGUUUUCUCUAGGAAUAGAUCUAAACUCUUGCUGGCCUUGCUCUUUGUUCAAUGAAAGGGAAAACCAAUACAUUAGCGAAGAAGAUUCUUAGUUCUGAGAACAUUGAUGUGGAAUUUUCAUGAUUGGAGUUAAGGAACAGCAGUAUAUUGACUACCAAUAGUAGGGAUGGCAUUAAACAGGAAACCAGAUGCAUAAAAUAAGGGCACAACUCUAAUCAAAGGAUAACUGAUGUACAGAUAGGUCAAGCAAAUCGAAUUAGAAAUAAUAAUGUAGAGGAGGAAUUUCUGGAGUGUAUGCAAGGUUGAUACCAGUAUGUUCUGGAGACAGGCUGUCCUAUUUUGGGUGCAGUGUAAUCAGAAAGGAUUACUAAACAAUCGUGGGGGAAAGGAAUAAUCCUUCUGAUCGUAAUUAAUUCUUCAUUAAGAUGGAAAGUUAGAGAGUUGAUUUUGAAAUGUGGGUCCUGAAUCAAAAUAAACAAUAAUAUUAUUGAGCCAGAGUUGGAAACCUAUAGGUAUGGCAGUGGAUGGUCAAAAGCAUAUCUUUAAUGAGAGUAUGAAUUAAUGAUAACAGUCAUUCAUUCCUGUCUGAUGCAAAACUAAAACAGAAAAGGUGACUCAUCUAUGGAUUUCAACAUCUGUGAGGGUUACUAUCAAAUUUCUGGGGGGAAAGUAGAGAAAAAAGCCAGUUAAAGUGGAAACCGGAGGAUUUGGAGCUGAUUAAGGAGGACAAAGGGGUUGAUACAGAAAAGGAAAACAGAGUGUGUGCACGACCUAGAGAGCACAAACUAAUUGUAAAGGCCUCGAUAGAUAAACAAGGACAAAUGUAGGCCACUACAGUCAGGAACUGAAGAAAAAAGAUGGCAAGCCAAUUGAAUUCAUAGUUUGGAAACAAAUAAUCUUACAGAAACAUAGCGUUGAGUAAGAGGGAGGAACUAAAUAAAAUAAAUAUCACAAGGGAAAUAAUUUGGGGGAAAUUGGAGGGAUUAAAUCCACAGGGGCUGAUGGUCUGCAUCUCAUUGCAUUUCAGGAAGUAGACCUAGAAAUAAUGAGAUGCUUUGAUCAUCUGGAGCUUUUGCAGUGGAUUGGAGGAUAGAUAACCUGACUAUUUUAAAAAGAGAUAGACAGAGAAAAGAGGGAAGCUAGAGACCAGUUAUCUUAGAGAUCAAUAGUAGGCAAAUUGCAAGAGUCCAUUAUAAAUGAUAUAAUAGCCUGGGACUUGGAGAAGAGAGAUAUGAUCUGACAAAGUUAACAUUGGUUAAAGGAAAAUUAUACUAGACAAUUCAACUGGAAUUUUUUUUAAUGAGCUUUAUUUCAACUUUUAAGAAACUUUUUGAUAAAGUUCACAUGUAAAAGAUAUAAGAGGUUAGUAUAUGAAAUUAAAUCACUUGGGAUUGAGAGCAAAGUGUUGACGAAUAGAGAACUGGCUGUCUGAGAAGAAGCAGAAAUGGGUCCUUUUUUCCCCAAAUUGGCAGAUAGUGUCUUGUGGGUUACCAAUGCUGGGACCAAUCUGAUUCUUAAAUAGGCCACAGUUUGCCCAUCAAGCAUAAUACUUGUCAUGGAAUAUUGUGUGUCCAUCUAUUCUAUUUAUGAAAUCCAAUUAAUAUGCAUACAUUCUAGUGUAAUUUAUAAUGCUGCCACCUUGAGAUUCUUGAGUGUUUUAAAGUUUGGUGCUUUAUAAUGUUCUCUAAUAUGAAGUGUCCCAUAUGCUGAUCUUGUGAUAUGCAUAACUAAUGAUGCUCUUAUUCAAACACUUUGAUUUGGGCAUCUUUGGGGCCAGCAUUUAUUAACCAUUGCUCUCUCCCCUUGAAAGUGAAGGCGAGUAACAUUCUAGAAUUAUUGCACUAUGGAAAUGUAAUCCCAUUUGUUGUGUUGAGUUCCAAGAUUUUAAACCAGCCAUGAGAAAGAAUUGGUGAAUCAGGAUGGAGUGUGAUUUGACACGGUACUUGCUAUUGGCAUUGUUGCUGUGCUCCUGCUAUCCUUUGAGUCACAGCUUUGGAAUAUGCGUGGUAGAUACUGUAGUUGUAUUGAAGAUGGAAGAAGUGAGUAUUUGAAGUGGAGUGCAUAAUGCUAAUUAAGCAAUGUCCUGAAUAUCUAUUGAUCAAAAGUGUAAGGAGCAGAUCAUAAAUUGAUAUUGUAAGCAACACUAUAGUUAGAUUGAUUCCUUUUUAAAUCUUUUUAUUGAGUAAGUAUACAAAAAAGGUAAGCCAUAUAAACAUUAAUACAAUGUUAAAGUACAAUAAAAUUCCAAAAGAUAACAAUACCAAAAAGAAAAUACUACAAACAAUGUAAUUUAAGCAUAAGAAACCAAGAUAACAUAAUAGUAUACUAGAUUUUAUAUAUAUCAAUGGAAAAAAAAAGAAAAAAGAAAAAAAAAACCCCCCAAAAAAAAACCCACCGUGCAACUACCUAAAAGCAAAGCAAAGCAAUGGGCUAACUUGAAACCAAACAGAGUUAAACUUAAAAUCACGUCCUCAAUCCCGACCUCCAUUAAAACAGUGAAAAAAAAACAAGAAGGGUAAAUAUUACAUUAAAUGAAAAUAUCGAAUAAAAGGUCCCCAAAUCUGUUCAAAUUUAAAUGAAGAAUCAUAAAGGUUACUUCUAAUUUUCUCCAGAUUCAAACAUAAAAUCGUCUGAGAAAACCAAAAAAAGGUAGUUGGAGCAUUAAGCUCUUUCCAAUGUUGUAAAAUACAUCUUUUCGCCAUUAAAGUAAGAAAUGCAAUCAUUCUACGGGCUGAAGGGGAAAGAUUACUAGAAAUUUUAGGUAGUCCAAAGAUAGCAGUAAUAGGGUGAGGAGAGAUAUCUAUAUUUAAUACCUUAGAAAUAAUAUUGAAAAUAUCUCUCCAAAAAGUUUCCAAAGUAGGGCAAGACCAAAACAUAUGAGUUAAAGAGGCUAUCUGCCCCGAACAUCUAUCACAGAAAGGAUUAAUAUGCGAGUAAAAACGCGCUAACUUAUCUUUGGACAUAUGUGCUCUAUGAACCACUUUAAAUUGAAUUAGGGAAUGUUUAGCACAAAUAGAGGAAGUAUUAACUAAUUGUAAAAUCUGCCCCCAAUCAUCCACAGAAAUGGUAAGCCCCAAUUCCUGUUCCCAAUCUACCCUAAUCUUAUCAAAUGGAGCUUUCCUAAGUUUCAUAAUAAUAUUAUAAAUCAUAGCCGAUGCACCUUUCUGACAUGGAUUAAGGUUAAUUAUCGAAUCUAAAAUAUAUAUAGGAGGAAGCAUUGGAAAGGAAGAAAGUAUAGU